UAAUCAAUUAGUCUAUCAAAAACCAUAAAAUAAUGUAUGAUUAUUAAUGUUUAUCGCGUUAAAUUGCCAAUUAAAUGGCAAAAAGAGUAAAAGUCUUAUUAAGACGUGUAGUGUAUUAUAUGACAGGCCUUUCCGGUGGUAAAGGUGUCAGUAACAAAGUGGUUUAAAAAGGGUCACGUUAAUUAAAUGCUGACUGGAGUUUAAAUAAUAUUCAGAGGAUUUUACGCACGCUAUCCUGCAAAUGGGAAAAGUGUGUAACGAACGGCACGAGCCUGUAUGCAUUUAAAUUGUGAACACAGGCUCGUGCAAAGUGUCCAGCAUCCCUCGGACGAGGUACGGAAGCCCCUCGGGUCACAAUUUAGCCGAAAUAUAUCCCGUUCUAAUAGUGAUGGGACCCCGGCGGGGAUGAGCUGAGAGACUCUGACCACUGCUGCCUUGCGCGCCACACGCCCGAGUGUGUGUGAUGGUGUGAGAGUGGUGUGUGUGUUUGUCUAUGUGUGUGUAUGUGUAUGUGUGUGUGUGUGUGUGUAUGUGUGUGUGUAAGUGUGUGUGAAAGCCACCACUAGUCGCCCCCAGUGCUCUUCAGUCUCCACUCUCCCUUCUCACCGCAGACUGAACGUCACGUCCGCACUUGAACUUGAGUUUUCUCCCAUUGUAGAAGCCAGAGAGCCGCACAGAGCCGCACAGAGCCGCACACAGCCCGGGGAUGCGGGACUCUGCAGCUGACACAAAGAGAAAAGAGGGUGGCAGUCUGUCUUCAAACCAGCACUGGGCUUUGACUUAAAGAGUUAAAGUCUAACCCGCCCGCCUGGCUGGCACUGCCAGUACAGCAGAAGAAGUGCCCACCACUUGGCGACACCCCGAGAAGUACUGAGAAGGAAAUUGGAUUCCUAUUUUACACACUUUUAGACGUUAAUUGGCGUCAUUUCACCUGCUGUCUCCGGACAGGGACGCGCGGUGUCCAGAGUGGCCGGAGAGUGGACAGGUAGUGACUGUCCACCAGGAAGUGACCGCCGACCUCCCGCAUCUCGCCGCGUCUCUCCUCCACUCCACUCCGCUCCUUUCUCCGCUGUCCUCUGACAGAUGGUGUGAAAGCGGCGGAAGGCAGAGCCGGACUACCCCCCGCCCUCACCACCAGAAGGGAGGCGCGCCACCACUUUGGCACUGAACUCCGACCGACCGCCCGGCCGCCGGUCACCGCAGAGCGCAGGAGCCGCUGGUCGUUGGAGUGAGAUCCACCGCGCAGGGGUCAGUUCGAGGGCCACAUUUGGGGCCAGUGCAGAGCGGUCACUUUGGGUCGGUUUUGUGGCCAGUUUGCGGCCGGUAUACAGGAGCAGCAGCAGCAGGAGGAGAGCCGACCCUUCCAGCGCCGCUCUCCGGGCGAUGCCAGUGUAAAUGCCAGGGCGAUGUCCCGACGCAAGCAGGGGAACCCGCAGCACCUGUCCCAGAGAGAAAUAACAGCGGAGGUUGAGCAUCCAGAUGGCGGCCUGCUCUCCGACUCUCUAUCCCUCCACACGCUCCGCCUCCCCCCUCACCCACUCGGCUUACCUCCCCACCCGUUGGACCCUAGUCUGGCCCACGCCCUGCCAUCCGGCCUCCACGUCGACCACGACCUGCUGACCUGCGGCCAGUGCCAGAUGACCUUCCCGCUGGGCGACAUCCUCCUCUUCAUCGAGCACAAAAAGAAGCAGUGCCAAACACCGCUGCUGGCCAAUGGCUGCUACGACAAGAUGACCGACCGGGGAGGAGGAGGAGGAGGAGGAGGGAGUCCCACUCUGCAGAACCUUCAUCACCAUGCACGCGGGGAGCUGAGGAAGGUGGUGGAGCCGGUGGAGAUUGGCAUCCAGGUGACACCGGAGGAGGAGGAGGAGGUGGAAAGACGUGAAAGGGGGGGGAGGACGCCCAUCAAAGGAAUUUGCCCCAAGCAGGAGAACACACCAGCAGUGCGAGGUCAGGAGAGGUUUCUGUUCUGCUCUUCAUGUCCCCCUGAUCAGCUGUCAGUCAGAGCCAAGUCUUCUCCCUGGAACUCCUGUGGUAGGGAUGAGCCUUCCAGCUACAUAUGUACCACAUGUAAGCAGCCCUUCCCCAGCGCCUGGUUCCUGCUGCAGCAUGCCCAGAACACCCAUGACAUCCGCAUAUACCUGGAGUCCAACCCCUCCAGCACCGCUCUCACCCCACGCAUCUCUAUGCCUCCACCCAUGGGCAACGACUCCAUCCCGCAGUCCCCUCUCACCAACUUCAUGGGGGACAACAACCCCUUCCACCUCCUGAGGAUGACGGGCCCCCUGCUCAGGGAGCCUCCUCCAGGUUUCAUGGAGAACCGGCUCCCUAACACGCCUCCGUUCAUCAGCCCGCCUCCCCGCCACCACCUGGACCCCCAUCGGCUAGAACGCCUUAGCGCAGAGGAAAUGGGCCUCAUCUCACAGCACCCCAGUGCCUUUGAGAGGGUGAUGCGGCUAACACCCAUGGCCAUGGAGUCGCAGUCCAUGGACUUCUCCAGGCGGUUACGUGAGCUCGCGGGGAACAACAACAGCACCACACCACCGUUGUCACCCAGCAGGGCCAACCCUAUGCACCGACUACUAAACCCCAACCCCUUCCAGCCUGGGCCAAAAUCGCCCUUUCUGAGCACCCCUCCCUUACCGCCGAUGCCCCCAAACAGCACCACCCCUCCCCAAACACAGAACAAGGUCAAGUCCUGUGAGUUUUGCGGUAAGACCUUCAAGUUUCAGAGCAACUUGGUGGUGCAUCGGCGCAGCCAUACUGGAGAAAAACCAUACAAGUGCCAGCUGUGUGACCACGCCUGCUCUCAGGCAAGCAAGCUGAAACGCCACAUGAAGACCCACAUGCACAAGGCUGGAUCCCUGACAGGGCGCUCAGACGAUGGACUGUCCACCACAAGCUCCCCAGAGCCAGGCACCAGCGAUGUCACAGGUGAGGGCAUGAAGAAUCGUGAUGGGGACUUCCAGGGGGAAGGCAAUGAGGAAGAGGAGGAAGAGGAGGAAGAAGAGGAACUUGAAAAUGAGAGUCGACCAGAAUCCAACUUUAGCAUGGAGUCUGAAUUCUACCGAAACAGGGAGAAUGGCGCGAAAUUGCCCUCAGAGGAGAAGUCAUCACUAGUCCUUGAAAAGAUGGUGGAAGGGGGGGGGCUCAACUCUAUACAGCAGUACAAUAAUUUAAUAGUUGACAAUCGUAAACGGAUGCCCUUCUCCAAGAGGGGCUCGGAUGGCCAGCGGGACACUGGGGAUGAGGACUCAGUGGUUGGGGAGAUGGGCCACCACCAGCGGGAAGAGAGGACAACCAUUAACGGCCGGAACUGUGGCUCCGGUGAUUCUUUCUCAGGCCUGUUUCCCCGUAAGCCCACCCCUAUCACCAGCCCCAGCCUGUCCAACUCCUCAAAUAAGAGGAUCAAGAUUGAGAAGGACUUGGACAUUCCCCCAGCACCCCAUAUUCCCUCUGAGAACGUCUACUCCCAAUGGUUGGUGGGCUACGCUGCCUCACGCCACUUCAUCAAAGACCCUUUCCUAGGCUUCACUGAUUCCAGACAAUCUCCUUUUGCCACGUCCUCCGAGCACUCGUCCGAAAACGGCAGCCUGCGGUUCUCGACGCCUCCGGGCGACCUGCUGGAUGGAGGCCUGUCAGGCCGCAGCGGCACCGCCAGCGGAGGCAGCACGCCUCAUCUCGGGGGAGGCCGGCCGAGCUCCAAGGAUAGCAGGAGGUGCGACACCUGCGAAUACUGUGGCAAGGUGUUCAAGAACUGUAGCAACCUGACGGUGCACCGGCGCAGCCACACUGGCGAGAGGCCCUACAAGUGUGAGCUGUGCAACUAUGCCUGCGCCCAGAGCUCCAAGCUCACGCGCCACAUGAAGACACAUGGCCAGCAUGGUAAGGAGGUCUACCGCUGUGACAUUUGCCAAAUGCCCUUCAGCGUGUACAGCACUCUGGAAAAACAUAUGAAAAAAUGGCACGGAGAACAUUUGAUGACAAAUGAGGUCAAAAUUGAACAAGCAGAGAGAACCUAAAGCAGGUUCUCAGUUUCCAUACGCUGCACCACACUUUGACUUUAAAAAAUAAACAAAAUGGGGUAGCUGGAUACUCUUUUUCUGAAAUAUUAAUUUUGGGUUAAUUUUGUGUUUUUAAGAAACUGCCAACUGAGAAAAAAAGUGAAAACAGAGAUUUUAACACCAAUUGAAGCUGUCCAAACUGCCUCACUUGGGGUUCCUUUUUAAACAAUCAGUCAGUUGAGUUAUAACAUAUGUGGAGCCUUUAACUGUGCAAUAAUUUCUGUAUUUAUUGGAUUUUGGAUUUUGGCAUGUGCAGGUACAUUAUUAUUUUGGCAUUUUUAAAAAAAAUGUUUUACUUUGAUUUUGCAUUAUUCUGUUGUUUUUUGUUGUUGUUUUUUUUUAACCCACAUGAUAUCCUGAGAGUUUUUUAGAGGACAAAAGUCAAUUUUAAGUAAUCUUUUUUGGCCGCUGCUUGUAGGAAAUUGUAUAUUAAGCUAAACGUGUGAUUUCUUGAAGAGAAACUGAAUUCAAUCUUCAAUUUGAAAGUGGCGUUAACUGAGAAUGCUAGAAUUAGUCUAUUUUGUGUGAAGAUGAUACGCGGACAACAAUCCUUUGGCACUGUAGCAUGAACUGAGUCAAAACAUGUCAAUGUAAUUGGAUAUGUAGCACUGAGCGUCAUAUUUGACAGUAAAUCUAAAAUCAAAGAGGAUCCCAAGGUUCAUAAACUCCUGAGAGCAUCAUUACCAACCAGAAGAAACAUUCUAGAUAAGGCAGCUGCUGACUGGUCGGUAGUACCGAGCCCUGACAACGCUACGACAACAAUCCCUCAUCUCUUCUGCUUUACACCUCCCACUCCACCACCCCUCCUACAUCUUACCUACAUUUUUACACUCAUGUAUUAUAUUUAGCAUGAAGCCAUAUGAUCUAGGCUAUAUUAUUUAUUUGGACUAAACUGAGCAUGAAGCCAUGCAAUAUGCGUAGAUAUAGAUAGAAGAAAGAGACAAGAAAGUGAUUACAGGGACAUCUCAGGGUGAGCUAUUCUACUUUUCUUGAUUUGCCCAUUCAUUCCUAUGCGUCCAGAAACAUUCCCAUUUCAUCACAUGCAGAAAUAACUAGGGGCAGCCCAAACUUGAUCCUCAGUGGUUAGACUCAUUUACACAGCUUCAUUGAAGUAGUGCAGAUGCCACUACUCAGCUAGAUUUCUGCAGAAAAUUUUAGUCUCACAUUUUAUUGUCGAGAUUUAUACAAAUCAACAGCCCUAUGCAUUUCUUUGUUACAAAUUGUUAAAAAGAAAUACAGUUAAUUUUGACUUGUAUUGUUAAAGUGAUUCUAUAAUUGUAUAAUCUGAAUAAUGAAGUCACCUCUCCAGGAAUAGGAAGUUUUACUGUUGACUGUGGGACAGUUUUGUGUAGAAGAGGAAAUAUAUAUAUAAGUGUGUGCUGAAGUAGUGAGACUAAUAUAGAGACAAGCAGCAUCAGUUCACUCCAUUCCUUUUUGUUCUGUUAUAUGCCAUAACCCCAGUUUUCUUUAGGGGCCCAUCCAUCUCCAUAGUGGCACUUUUUGUUCUUUUUAAUUCAGAUCUGAUUUGAAUGUUGUCAAUGUAAAAUUCAGAGCUCUUAACAACAGACCCACACUUUAUGAUUUUUCCAUGUGACACACACACAGAGUUGGAAAGAAAAGGUACUAAAGGGUCUAGAGCUUGGGAUCUCCUGACGCUAAAGUGCCCAGGGUUGUUAGGCUAGGCUUUCCCAAUGCUGGCACUAUAAAAUUUAAAUGAAUGAAUAAAUAAAUAAAUACUUUAUUUGGGACAGUUUUUAUACUGCCAUUCAAAUUUGACAUGAGUGUGCCUUGAAUAAUGAUCUUCCUAUUUAUUGUCUCAGACAAAUGCAACACUUUUUAUGAAGCAGCAAAUUGAACAAGAGAAAAAAAAAUGCAAAAUUGUGUUCACUUUAACUUGUAAUUUGACAUUUCAACAGAAAUGUUUAAAUCAGUACAAAUGAAACAAUGCUGAGUAUAGAUUUGGGAGUACCCAGCACAAUAUCAAUGUGUCUGUGUGUGUAUAUAUGUAUGCAUAUGUACAUAUAAAGGCACAAACCUAUAUAUAGAUAUAUAUCAAAUUCCUCACUCAUAGGACAAGAGUCUGUCCCACAACAGAAAAAUUCCAGGAGUGGACAAAAGCCUCACAAAAAGUCAAGGAAGAGACUCGACAAAAAUCAGGAAAUGCAGAACCUAAAAAAAAAAGAAUUUAGUGCACUCUGUCUUAAAAUAAGUUUACAGUAUUGAAACAAGUACAAGGGUAAAAUAAUAUUUGUGUGUAUGUGUGUUUUAAACAAUUGAGUAUUUUUUUUCCAGGUUUGCUUACAAGGUUUCUCUGAAUGCCAUAGUGGCGAUGUGUAUAUUGUUUCUUUUUCUUUUUCUUUUCUUUCUUUUUUUUUUUUUUGGUGACGGGGUUUUAGUAUAUAUAUAUAAAUAUAUAUGAAUAUAUAUUACAUUUUUCUUGUUUACUGUAAAAGUAUACCAGUAUUUGUAAUAUUGGACAAUGCCUGGGCAUUUUACAAAAAUAGAAAAAAUGUUGUUUUUUAUUUUUAUUUUGCAGUCCAAUUUAAAUUGUGGGUCUCUUAAACUGUUUUUGUCACUGUAACUGUAAAAGUCUUAAGUUUUAGUAACUUUUAUUCUGCCUUGGGUGUAAUGAAAUAAAAAAUAAACAAAUUAAAAAAUGACUGAGCUGUAACAAACUUGGAUUUGGUGGUGGGAUGGCUGUAGGGGUGAGUGUGGGGUGGGGGGUGGAUGGGUUUUCUCCCUUAGAAACAACAGAACGUUGGUUCUGCUUUUCAGGAAAAACACACUGAGAAUCCUGACUUGUAACUAUUUUUCUUCUUCUAGAAUGGAUUAUUCUUCAUGGAUGGUUUGAAAUACAUGUGUAGGCACUUGCUGUAUUUCCUAAGAAGCUUGUCUUUUUUAACUUGUAGGCUAUGUGCAUCCUUUUGUGAAUAGGGUACUCUGAGUACCUCAGGAUGUCCUGGUGCAGGGGGAGAGAGACUUCAUGCCAAUGACAAGAUACAACUCACAGCCUGCCACAAGCUAUUUUUCCUCUCAUUGGGCAGAAUACAUAACCUGAUGAAUUUGUAUUGUUGUAAUGAAUCACGAUGUACAGAAGGGGAUCAAAAGGUUGUUUUAACGGCCUUUUAGUGACAAAAACACGAGUCAAUGUUUUGUUUACUGCUCCAUUGGUUGUACAUAGUUUUCUAUGACUACGCUGUUUUCCUUUGUUUGACCUUUUUUUUCCCUUUUUAUUUGUUUGUGAUUUCUAACUAGCACUGGCAGUGACUUCCUGUGUCUGGGGUGGGGUUGGUGGGUUAUUCUGUUUGACCUUUGUGACCUCCAUGUCAGUUUUCAGGCACAUGCCUCCUCCGUUGAUAUUUCCAGGCAUGAGAACAGAGCACAAAUACAAGCUGUUACAAUUCUUCA